CCAUCUCCCUCUGGCGGAGAAACAGCAACAAGGAAGCGCAAAUCGGAGCAGUUUAAGGCACGGACUUUGUGUCUUUUCUUUCCUUUCACCUUCUUCUUCUUAUUAUUAUUAAUCACUGAUCUAUUCAAUCGAGCCGACCAGCAAUAAAGCUACACGAUGAGCAAAUUAGAAGACACUCAGAGGGAGGUGGAGGAGGUGAAGGACAUCAUGCUGGACAACCUGAAUAAAGCCGAGGAGAGAAAAGAAAAGCUGGAGGAUUUGAACCAGCGGGCUACUGUGUUACUGGAUAAAUCGCAGUCCUUCCAGAAGCAGUCAAAGAAGGUGAAACAGAAGAAGAGGAGGGAGUAUCUGAAGAGUAAAGCAGGACUAAUAGCCUUGAUGGUGGUGCUGGCGCUGGUCAUCAUCGUCAUCAUCGCCAUCAUGUUCAGCAGCAAACGCUCCCCUGACACAAGCGUGCAGAGAGCCGCCAUUACCCCUAAACCAAACAUAACAACACUGUAGUAAAUCCCUGCCGAGGACGGAAAACAACAACUGUUGGCCUUUAAAUGAAAGUAAAAGACAGUCUGUAUGUAACGUGAAUAGUUGGACAUUAUUUAAAAUUCAAUCCUAAACAUUAGGCCAUAUGCCGGAAGGAUAUUUUGAUUGCCCGGGAUACAUUUCCACACACGACUCAUUUGUUGUUGCCACAAUAAACAGAACAAUCCUUUUCCACUACAAAGAUCUUUCCACACAAAGGGAACAUUUAUGCCUGUGGAUAAUUUUUGAGUUCUUGGUCAAAGUCAGAGAACCAGAAUGACCAGACAAAAUGUUAUAUAGGAAUUUGGUUUUUAACAUUUUUGAGUGUAUAAUCACAGGACACAUACCUGCAGCUAGUACAAGCAUAGGAUAUGUGGUUAUUUAAGGCAUUUUUAGAUUGUAAAUAGUGCUAAGUGUCCUAUUAGCAUAACCUUCUCUUUGGACUUAAGUGCUUUCUGUGUCCUAAAAAGUUCUUUAAGUAUUCAAAGCUCAUUCAGGGCAGCACAGUGCUGGUGGUAGCAUGGUGGUGGUAGCUUUGGCACCUUACAGCUCCAGGGUUUGAAGAUGAGUCUCAAGUGUCCAAAUGGGUUUUCCGGUUUCCUCGUACCGUCCAAAAAACAUGAGUGAAUUGGUGGCUCUAGGUACGACUAAGUGUGUGUGCACUGAUGGUGUUUCAUCUAGUGUGUUUUCUCACCUCAUGCCUUCUGUUCCUGGGUGAGGCUCAGGUUCCACCAUGACUCCACCAUAACUGGAGAAAUAGCUUACCAAAGAUGAAUAAAUCAUUUUAUUAAUAACAGCUAAUUAAUAACAUUAUUAAUUAUAACAUAACAUUACAAUAACAUUAUUAAUAACAUGAUUUUUUUUUUAAGCUGCUUUGUGACAUUGUUAAAAACACUACACAAAUAAAAUGUAAUGAAUUUGUGA